GUGAAGUAAAAACAAGGAGAAGCAAUCAUUAUCCUGGCGGAAUUGUCAAGUCUCAUAAAACCAACACACAUUGUAAAGUUAAGGCUAACAACCAACAAGCCGGCUACUAUCGCAUACUUCCAUUAGCUAAUAUCCGCCUACGGCCUGCAACAUAUAUAACUAGCCACGUAUAAAAGACCAGGAUAUAUAUAUAGUAUACGUGUAGGGAUUAUAGAUUUUGUGUGUGUUCUAAAAGGUGCAGAACCCUCUUUAAGGGAACCAUAAGAAAUAAUGGGGAAUAAUAAAGGAGGAAUGUUUAAAUUUGCUGAUAAAACAGACAAGUUGUUAAUGUUCUUUGGGACUUUAGGAAGUAUGGGAGAUGGUCUGCAGAUUCCUCUAAUGAUGUUUGUGCUUAGUGAAGUGAUUAAUGAUUAUGGAAACCUAAGUAGUUCAGUUUCUAUGCAUACUGUGAACAAGUAUUCUCUUAGGCUACUCUAUGUCGCAAUUGGAGUUGGACUGUCUGCUUUUGUUGAAGGAUUAUGUUGGGCAAGAACUGCUGAAAGACAAACAUCUCGUAUGAGAUUAGAGUAUCUAAAAUCUGUGCUGAGGCAGGAAGUUGGAUUUUUUGACACUCAGGCAGCUGAAUCUUCCACUACUUAUCAAGUGAUUUCAACCGUCUCAGCUGAUUCAACUACGAUUCAAGUGACCAUAGGCGAGAAGAUACCUGAUUGCCUGGCUUAUAUGUCAUCUUUCUUGUUCUGCCACAUCUUUGCGUUUGUGUUAUCAUGGAAGAUCACAUUGGCAGCAAUACCAUUCACCUUAAUGUUCAUCAUCCCAGGACUUGGAUUUGGGACAAUGAUGAUGAACGUGGGAAUGCAGAUGAUAGAGUCCUAUGCAGUCUCUGGAGGAAUAGCAGAACAAGCUAUCUCUUCUAUAAGAACACUAUACUCUUAUGUUGCUGAGAACCAAACUCUCGAGAAGUUCAGUCAAUCGCUGCAGAAAGUUAUGGAAUUAGGAAUCAAGCAAGGCUUUGCUAGAGGGCUGUUGCUGGGAAGCUUGGGAAUGGUUUAUAUUAGCUGGGCUUUUCAGGCAUGGCUCGGAUCGAUUCUAGUCAGCAAACAUGGAGAAAAAGGUGGUGAUGUAUUUGUAGCAGGUUUCAAUGUUCUUAUGGGAGGACUGUAAGUUUUCUUACCUUAAUACUGUUAGGACCGAAAAAAUUAGGUGUCAUGCGGAAGCUAGUAAAGCAAACCUGAUAAAUCAGACAAUAAAGGAGAAAUCUACCAAAAGAGAUACAAACAUUUAACAUGGUUCGGUCAAUUGACCUACGUCCACCGCGGAGAUGAGCAAUCCACUAUAUAAAAAGAGAGUACAAAAUAUCGAGAGAACAACCUCACGAAGAGGCAAACACAAGUGACACACUAACACUUGUCCCGUAAAGUUCUCCCCCUAAACACUACUCUCAAGCCCCUAUGGCUACAUUGUAAAUGCUACUGAAUGGGAAGGACGGAUCUUCAAUUUAUAGAACUCCAAACCUUUCCUACAAGAA